GAUCUCUCAAGUCGACCCGAACCAUUUUUAAAACGUCUGCCCUCGCGAGAACAAGCCGACGGAGAAUGAUAUUGGGACUUGGCGCGCGGCCUGUCCUACGGGGCCUGCGCCCUCAAGGCCUGCGCCCUCGCGUGGCCCAUCACUCCUACAGCAGCAGCACGCCGGGCGGCAUCGCCACGGUGCCUCUGGUCUACGACCUCCACCAGCCAGCCAAGCCGGUCUCGGCCAACCCGGACCGCACGUCGCCCAUCCUGUUCCUGCACGGGCUGUUUGGGUCCAAGAAGAACAACCGCAGCAUCUGCAAAGCACUUGCCCGGGAUCUUGGCCGCUCGAUAUAUGCCCUUGAUCUCCGCAACCACGGCGACUCGCCCCACGCCCCGCGCCAUGACUACACGGCCAUGGCGGAGGACGUCGGCGCCUUCAUAGAGGAGCACGGGAUAGAGGAGCCGACCAUCAUAGGCCACUCGAUGGGGGCCAAGACAGCCAUGACGCUAGCGCUGCGCUCGCCGGCCAUGGUCAGGGACAUCGUCUCCGUAGACAACGCGCCCAUCGACGCGGUCCUGUCCACCGACUUUGCCAAGUACGUCCGGGGCAUGAAGAAGAUCGAGGACGCGGGCGUGACCUCGCAGAAGGCGGCCGAUGCCAUCCUGGCAGAGUACGAGGAGUCCCUGCCCAUCCGCCAGUUCCUCCUGACCAACCUCUUCACCCCGGAGGGCAGCAGCACCAAGAAGUUCCGCGUGCCCCUCGACGUGCUGGGCAGGGCGCUGGCCAACAUGGGCGACUUCCCCUACAAGGACCCGGCAGCGGCGCGUUUCGAGCGGCCGGCGCUGUUCGUCCGCGGCACGCGGAGCAGGUACGUGCCGGACGAGGUGCUGCCGGCCGUGGGCGAGUUCUUCCCGCGCUUCGAGGUCGCCGACGUCGAGGCGGGCCACUGGCUGAUCUCGGAGAACCCCGAGGCGUUCAGGCAGGCUGUUGUGCCGUUCCUGAGCCCUAAGGAGUAGCGUUUCAUGGGGGAUGAAUAGAGGUGUAUAGAAAAUAGAAGUCGAGGCAGCAUGGAAAUAAGCCCCCACGGGCCAACUGCUCGCAUGUGCAUCAUCACUACCCUAGUGUACUCGGUCUGAGAAUAUAAUGAAUUUGUUACAACCUCAAGGGUGAAAAGUGAAGAUGAAGCACAGAAAACAACUGGUUUGCGCCUCCCGUUAUCCAUCGCCCGUCUAAUUUUUCGCACGCUUUACUAUGUAUGUAUGCCACUCAUGUCCUCGAUGCCCACGCAUCCAUCCCGUCUAUCCGUCAUCCAGUCAUUCAUUAAGUGAGCCUUCAACCCCGCGGGAGAAAACAACAAUCAACAUGCCAGGGGGCGAAGGGUGUUCCCCAGUCUCAAAACAACCCAAGAUACCGAAAAGGGGAAAAAAAAAAAAUCAGCAGGCACACCCCGACGCAGCGCCCUCCUCACCCCCAACCUUGACCGUCCCCCUCCCGCCGUCAGCGGCGCUCAUGACGUCGGGCUUGCUGACGAUGGCGUCGACGAUGUCGACAAACGGCCUGCGGACGCC